AUGCUGAACUGCAUCGACAAUUCGGGUGCCGCCCUCGUCGAGUGCGCCCUCGUCGUCGGUCAGAAGCGCCAUGCUCGAAUCGGUGACCGCAUCGUCGUCGUCGUCCAGGAGCAGCGCGGCGCCUCUUCGUCCGGCAUGGCAGGCAUCUCGGCCGCCGCCAAGGUCAAGCGCGGCGACGUCCGCCACGCCGUCGUCGUUCGCACACGCUACCCGACGCAGCGCCGCGAUGGCUCCGUCGUCCGUUUCGACGACAACGCCUGCGUCCUGCUCAACAAGUCCGGCGACCCUGUCGGCUCCCGCAUCAACGGCGUCGUGGGCGCCGAGCUGAAGCGCAAGAAGUGGAGCAAGAUUCUCUCCAUGGCCCCGAUGCAGGCAUGA